AUAGCCUACCUGACACAGUACAAAUAAUCUUUUAUAAAAACGUCGGGUGUGAACUACAUUAAGCGACGGGUGUCCUUGAUGCGAGAUAUGUAAUGAGUUGCAUGGCCCUUUAAAAGCCAAUGUUGUAGCCUAUGCGUGCGGUAGGCUGCGUUUUGACAGUUCUGUUCCUGCGCAUUACCGACUUUGUUCAGGGGCGAAGGUAGGAGGGGGAAUGGAAUCGCUUGUCCGGAGACUGAGACUGGUGGACUGUAUGGGCAACCAUCCGAUAACAGACAUGAGUUAUCGCCGGCAAUUACAUUAAAAUCGUCAUUUCAAAUCGCUCUACCGUUUCUCGCUAAAGGUGCGAGGGAUGAAGACGCGCAACCAUAAUUUGAUUAUGGACACAAUGUAGCCACGGAGCUAUUUGUCUUGGGCUAACCUAACAGGCUACACGUUAACGACGUCUUGGUGUUGAUUCCUCCACUGACUUCAUGCUUUCAGACGAGCCAGAUCUUUCUCCCCAAACGGAUCCAGCCCAGGACGGCGGUUCGUUGGCGGUGGGAGAUGAGACGGAGACCCCCAUGAGCUCUGAGUUGAUGGAUGGCCAGGACUGGAGUUGGCUGCUGCUUGUGGCUCUGUUCCUGGCCUCCCUGCUGGUCGUGCUGACUUGGCUGGUGCAGUACUCUCUGGCCAUCCUUCGUCCGAGGAGGUCAGGGUCCAGGACCCAGGGCAGGUCGGAUGCGCACUGGCAGUUACCGCUAAACUUGACGCACCAGACCCUGACGGGGGGUGUGUGGGGAUCCCUCCUUAGGCUGAGGUUUGGUCGCGGAGUGGGGGCCAGCGAGACAGAGGCAGGGGUCAAGGGGCUCCUGACUUCGCUGUUCUCCUUCAAGUCAUUCAGGGAACACUGGCAGAGAGCUUGGGUUCGAGCCCUCAACGAACAAGCCAGCAGACAAGGGAGCUCAAUUCAGAUCACCUUCAGUGAAAAUCUCCAGCUCCCCGCCUCUGCCUCCAUUGAUCGCGUGACUUGUACAGACCAGUCAGCCCACAGCAUGGUGUUGCAGUGCGUUUGUUCCGUUGACACCGUCAUGUUUCCAGUGACGGUCACUCAGCAGUCACCUGCAGCUGUAUCCAUGGACACCUACCAGAUUACCAUAGAGCCGGCGGAUGCUCAGCUGGUGGUCUCGUUGGAGGAGGUGGAGGAGGAGGGUCUCCUGGUGUCCUGGACCUUUUCCCAGCCACCUCACCUGUCAGUCAAUGUGUCCUCGAUGCGGGUCCAGAGAGAGGACUCUGACCCCGAGGUGGACCUGGACAUGAUCAGGGACCUGGUGGAGGACACCUUGUACAGCACACAGCCCGCCAUGAUUCUCAACCUGAGGGCGUGUGUCUCCAGUCCAGCGUUCCCUAAAGAUAAGCUGAUGCCUGGGCCCAACUCUCUGUCACUGGGACAACCAGCAACUCCGAAACUCUUGGUCCGCCAGCUCAAAGCAACCGGCGUCCGAAAAGUGGAGUCCUCAUGCUUACGGGAGCUGUGCUGUUCUCUAUGCUUGGACACCCCAGUCUUGGAGAAAAGGACCCGUUUCCUGACCCCUUCGUCCAGCAGUGGAGCCACGCUGGACUGGAGUGAAGACAUUAUCCUGGACCUGCGCCCAGACACCAAAGAGCUCCAAAUAAGACUGCUGGAGCGAAACAGCAAGGGAGAAUACUUCUCCCUCGGUCAGACCUCACUGCUGCUGGAUAUCUCCAGCAGAAGUCCCGCAAGCCAGCAUGUCCUCUCCAUCAGUCCUGGCCAUGGGCUCUCGUCACCAGCUUCCAUCACCUUAGAGUUGCAAUACAUGGAGUCAGCUGGUUCUAUUGCCACACCACUGCGCUCUUCACACACCCCCACCAAAAAGGUGGAUGUGGACCGCACCAUCAUGCCGGAUGGAACCAUCGUCACCACUGUGACCACCAUUCAGACAAGACCAAAGUUGGACCGGAAACUCGGAGACUCCCCGUCGAGAUCUCCAUCCAAGGUGGAGGUGACUGAGAAGAGGCCAACCGUGCUGAUGGAUGUUCCAGGAGCCAGCCUCAGCUCCACACCAAGUACUGAGAGUUCCCUGUCUAACGGGCUGGAUCCCGUAGCUGAGACAGCUAUUCGGCAGCUGACUGAGUCAUCAACCAAAGUGGCCAAGAAGACCCCCACUAAAAGGAGCACACUUAUUAUCUCUGGAGUCUCGAAGGUCCCCAUCUCUGAGGAUGACUGUGCGCUGUCUGUGGGCUACGCUGCAGCCAUGGACGCUGCCCUGCAGGGGGAGCACUCUCCCGGUGGCGGCCACAACCACUGUGGGGCUACUACCCCCCAUCCCGACGCGGACGAGACCACGCCGUCGGACGUGUCGGAGCGGCCGUCUGUGGACGAUGUGGAGUCAGAGACCGGUUCUACCGGAGCCCUGGAGACGCGUAGCCUCAAAGACCACAAAGUGGGGUUCCUCCGCAGCGGUACCAAGCUCCUGUUCCGCCGGAGGAACCGGCAGAAGGACCCGAGCUUUAGCCAGUCCCACGAGGACGUGUCCAACCUGGACAACGACUCGGCCUCCUCGAGCUCCGCCAGCGUGCGGAAGAAGUCCGGGAGUUUCUCGCGCCGUCUCAUCAAGCGCUUCUCCUUCCGCUCGUCCAAGUCGAAGGGCAAGUCCAGCGCCACCAAUGGAGGGGCCAGCGUGACUGAUAACUGAGGAUCUUGCCCCCGGAUGAUGAAGGGGACACCGGCAAGCGCUGCUCGAGAGGGAGUCUCUAAGGGGAAAAGGGAAGCGUGGGUUUCUAUAGGCUCAAGCACUGGAGAGAAAGGAAAACAUGAUGUCACAUUGUGUGUCAACCCAACGUGGUCUUCAGAAGGAGCAAUGACUAGUUUUCAAGAUUUCCUUUCCUCCAUUUUGGACUGCCUUUAUAUAUAUAUAUUAUAUAUUAUAUAUAUAUAUAUAUAUAUAUAUAUAUAUAUAAGAAAUGUGACUGGUUGCCUUUUAGGAUAGCCCACCUGCAAUUUCACAGUCCCUCACACGAUGUUGAGGAAGCGAAUGGUGUUUGAGAGACCUAUUGAUUGUUGUGUCCAGUUUAUUGAGAUGACAAGCUGUCUAUGGGAGGUAACCGCAACAAUGUUGGAAACCUUUUUGUGGACACGAGUGGUUAAACUAGUGUACAGUAUGCUAAGCACAAGGGAGAAAUAGAAUGACUUGAGAAUGAUUUACCACCUCCUGUUUAUGUUUGUUUUUAUUUAUUGGAGAAAUUGCACUUUGGACUUUUGAAUUGUUUACAAUGCUAGAGAGCUUCUAGAUUUUAUGAUUUUGUAUUGUUUACUAUCGCAAAACACUAAAUUAUUACCCAUGUUGUCUACCAAAUCUUCGGUUUCCAACCCUAGUGUGUGUUUGACAGUAGAUUUCAUUAGAUAUUCUACUGAAUAUAUAAAAUAUCCAGCCUUUGAAUGAACUAAAAAUUAUAUUGCUGGUUUUCUUUGUGGCUUAUGAACAUUUCUUGGAUAAUGUUGUUUCUGUUUGUCAAAAAAGAACACAAGUACAUACAAAUCCCUUAUAUGUUUGUGUAUUUGUAUUUAGGUUGUAAAGAAAUUGGUUAGAGUUCAAAGGGAAGUAUUUAAGUAUAAAUAGGUAUGAAGUAUAUAUAUAUAUAU